AAGCUGUGAAGAAAUGCUGUCUGUCUGCAACAGUAGAGACGGUUGUUGAAGAAGUGAAAGAGAACAAUAAUAUUCAUGGUAUUACUGUAACGUUAUAUAUCAUAAGAGGAGUUUGGCCGCCUCUCUCCCUUUCAGAAAUGGCGCAACCAUCUCAACAGUGGUCUCACAAGGACACCGAUGCACUGAUCAGGUGGCGCAUGGCCCAUGGCUAUUUAUUCUCAGGAUGGAGGAACACAUGCAGAAAUGGCUGGGAGCUGUUCAUACAAGCGACAAAAUCCAACCUGGAUGGAGAUAUUACUUCUCAAAGAGCAAAACGGAAGUGGGAGAAUUUAAAAUGCAAAUACAAAGUUUUAAAAGCUCUUGCAAAGGACAUUGAAACGGUUAAACCCGAAUCCUGGCAGUGGUUCAGACUCAUGGAGAAGGCUGUAGAUGGCGAUCCCACUGAUGUCGACCCUCCUAAACUGACCUUCUUGACCAACCCGGCCGAUGAUUCUGAAUGUGCAGCCCAGCCCAGCAAAAAGAUGUAUCAAGUAGAAAUGGGGAGUGAUAUUCUACAAUUACUGACACAUUCAGUUAUCGAGGUCAAUACUCAAGCGACGGUAGCUGAUGGAAGACCCUCAUCAGAGACUGCAGAAAGCGUGAAAGGGAAACACAUGGAAAAAAGCCCUCCAGAGACUCAAGACGAGCUAAACUUUGAAAGAGCCAAACUCAGACGAGAGCGACAGCUGCUGGAGAAGCAGCACGCAGACUUGGACCGAGAGCGAGUGAUGCUGGAGCGCGAGAAGGUCAUCGCAGAGAGGGAGAAAACGGCGUUGGAGAGAGACAGGGUGCAGCUGGUAAAGGACCGAGCUGCGAUUGACCGGGAAAGAGCCUCGUUGGAACAGGACAGAGCGAGACUGGAGCAGGACAGAGCAGCCCUUGAUAAAGACAGAGAGACUUUUACCGCCAUGGCUCUUGAUACAAAUGGCACAGGACACACUGAACCAUACUCCCCAUUUGCAGAGGACAGAAAAAGAUUAAUAUUUUUGUUCGAAAAACUGAUCGAGAGAUUUUGAAAUCACUGAAAACUGUCAGUGAGGCCAUGUAAAAUAAUAAGGUACUUAAAUUAAAGCAUUUCAAAAUUAA